AUGGGACCAAUAAGAAAACUCCACAAUAAUAUUGUACAUAUCCGCAAGUCCGCUAACCAUACAGCAUGGUUCAAAGAUCGUGCUGGUAAAAUCAUUCCUCUUGACAACUGUACAAAAUGGAAUAGCUGGUUUACUAUGUUAAGUGUGGCUCUAGAGGAUAAAGUCAAGGCUGGGCUUCAACUUUACGUUGAGCAUUAUCAAGAUAAUAUCUCGAAAGAUGAUAUCCUUACAACAAAGUAUAAUACAAACUACAUUGCGCGCAUUUUCAAUCCACAAUGUCGGAUAGCUUUUUUAAAGGAUGGGAACGGGAGGAUCACCACCAAAGGAGAAAAGAAACUCUAUAUCGUACGGAAGCUCUGGGAGAGAUUUCGCGACAAACUAUUGUUUUCAGCUGUGCUGUACGAGUCUGAAAGUGUAGGCAAGCAUACUCUCCAGCCAGAGGAAAAUCUCUCUGCUUUCCAUAAAGUUUGCCGGAUGCAGAUUUUGAAGCAAACUCGUCCGGCUAGCCAGGACGAGUUUGAUAACUAUAUUAAUGAAAACCCAGUUAUGCUGGAUAAUGAUACAACAGCCAUUCAAUAG